AUGUACGAAGGGAUUGACAACCUGAAAUCCCUUUACGACCGUGCCGGGAAUAAUUUCUCCAGCGGUCCUUCUGCGGCACAUCCUGUGCCGCGUCGUACUGCUCAACCAGACCCAGUACUUCCACCAUCAGUUGGGAGCGGGGCUCCCAGGAAUCCCAGGACGGGGAAUAGCCGCGCCACCGGACAAGAUAACUCGUCCGACGUCCGUUCACGUCGCGGUGGUUCAACAUCUGCUCAAACAGAUAGCGCUGACCACCGCGAGAGUCUUCUAAUGGAGGUGGAGGAGGAGGAAAGACGCUCUCCACACGAUCAUGUGGAUCGGUGUGUUCCCGAGAGCUUCUUUGAUCGCGUAACGCAAGGGUUACGCGACGAUCUCGAGCAUGAGCGGAAUAGGCGUCUCCAGAUGGCGGACACUGCCUUGAAGCAUCGAGCUGAGUUUGCCUUUGCUCAGCUUGAGAACGAGAGAUCUCUGACAUCUCUGCGUGACGAGCUAAGGGUAGCUCGUGGGAUUGCUGAUCGGUCUCGGGCUGAGAUAACUGCUCUUCAGACCCUUGUUGAUGCCCACCAUCGGGAGCACAAGGCUCUCUGCGAGAUGCUUGAGCGCAAGGGCGUUCUUCAUCGGAAGAAGCAGCGUACUGAUGGUACGGCUUAA